CGCAUGCGCACUCUGACACAGACCUGACAACAAGCUAUCGGAUGUGAGCCUUUGAUAUGGGCACUGCGCUGGCAUUUAAAUUCUUCGGUUAACCUAGAGUCAAAUAAACAAAGCCUUACAAACAUUUAAUUGUCAUUAUACAUAUACUAUAAUUGCCUUUCUGCGGUCUCACAAUGCCGAGCAAUAAGCUUGAAGUCAAUGAUAAUGUCAAGGUGGUGGUGCGAUGUCGUCCCUUCAACCAGAAAGAGAAGAUGAUGAACCACAAACAGGCCGUCAAUGUGGACGAGAUCCGCGGGACCAUAAUGGUUAACAAACUGGAGACUCCCCAUGAGCCUCCUAAAACCUUCACAUUUGACACUGUGUUUGGACCAGACAGCAAACAGCUGGAUGUCUACAAUCUCACCGCCCGCCCCAUCAUUGACUCAGUAUUGGAGGGAUACAAUGGCACCAUUUUUGCAUAUGGGCAAACUGGCACAGGAAAGACAUUCACCAUGGAGGGUGUGAGAGCAGUGCCAGAACUCAGAGGGAUAAUCCCAAACUCCUUUGCUCAUGUUUUUGGUCACAUUGCCAAGGCAGAGGGUGACACAAGGUUUUUGGUUCGUGUUUCGUACCUUGAGAUUUAUAAUGAGGAAGUGCGAGACUUGUUGGGCAAGGACCAGAUGCAGAGGCUCGAGGUGAAAGAAAGACCAGAUGUUGGCGUGUACAUUAAAGACCUCUCUGGUUACGUUGUGAACAAUGCCGACGACAUGGACAGGAUUAUGACGAUGGGCCACAAAAACCGGUCUGUUGGUGCCACAAACAUGAAUGAACACAGCUCCCGCUCUCAUGCUAUCUUCACCAUAACCAUCGAGUGCAGUGAAAAGGGUGUGGAUGGAAACCAGCAUGUGCGCAUGGGGAAGCUUCAUCUGGUUGAUCUUGCAGGCUCGGAGAGACAGGGCAAGACUGGAGCCACAGGUCAGCGUUUAAAGGAAGCGACAAAGAUCAAUCUCUCUCUCUCCACACUGGGUAACGUGAUCUCUGCCCUGGUGGACGGCAAGAGCACACACGUGCCCUACAGGAACUCUAAACUAACCCGUCUGCUGCAGGACUCACUAGGAGGAAACUCCAAGACCAUGAUGUGUGCGAAUAUAGGCCCUGCAGACUAUAACUAUGAUGAGACCAUCAGUACCCUUCGCUACGCUAAUAGAGCUAAAAACAUCAAGAACAAAGCCAGGAUCAAUGAGGAUCCCAAGGAUGCCCUAUUGCGCCAGUUUCAGAAGGAAAUUGAGGAGCUAAAGAAGAAACUGGUGGAAGGUGAAGAGAUCUCGGGCUCAGAGGGCAGUGGGUCAGAAGAGAUGGAUGAAGGUGAUGAUGAAGGAAGGGUAACAGGAGAAGGCCGCAGGAGAAGAAGAGAAGAAAGAGGGAGGAAGAAGGUUUCUCCAGACAAGAUGGUGGAGAUGCAGGCAAAGAUUGAAGAGGAAAGAAAAGCCUUGGAGGCCAAGCUGGACAUGGAGGAGGAGGAGAGAAACAAGGCCAGAGCAGAGCUGGAGAAGAGGGAGAAGGACCUUCUUAAAGCUCAGCAGGAGCAUCACCUUCUGCUGGAUAAAUUGUCGGCCUUGGAGAAGAAGGUGAUUGUGGGCGGGGUGGACCUCUUGGCCAAGGCUGAGGAGCAGGAGAAGCUUUUGCAAGAGUCCAAUAAUGAACUGGAAGAACGUCGCAGGAGAGCGGAGCAGCUGCGGAGGGAGCUGGAGGAGAAAGAGCAAGAACGUCUGGACAUAGAAGAGAAGUACACAAGUCUGCAGGAGGAGGCCCAAGGAAAGACCAAGAAGCUGAAGAAAGUAUGGACCAUGCUGAUGGCUGCCAAAUCAGAAAUGGCAGAUCUGCAGCAAGAGCAUCACAGAGAGAUCGAGGGCCUCCUGGAGAACAUCCGCCAGCUGAGUCGAGAGCUGCGGCUCCAGAUGCUCAUCAUAGACAACUUUAUUCCCCAAGAAUACCAGGAGAUGAUAGAGAAUUACGUGCACUGGAAUGAAGACAUUGGAGAAUGGCAGCUGAAAUGUGUGGCAUACACUGGCAACAAUAUGAGAAAACAGACCCCUGCUCCAGACAAAAAAGAAAAAGAUCCAUUUGAGGUGGAUCUGUCCCAUGUUUAUCUGGCCUACACAGAGGAGAGCAUGCGGCAGUCACUGAUGAAACUAGAGAGACCCAGAACCUCUAAAAGUGGCAAGAGUGGCCGGCCCAAGACUGGAAGAAGGAAAAGAUCUGCAAAGCCAGACGCUGUCAUCGAAUCCCUUCUGCAGUGAAGACAGCGUAGAGGGGAGCUUGGUUUCAAUGCAACUUUCAUGUUACCAUAGGAAAAUAAGUCAUUAGUCGAGUCUGAAAAAUGUACUGUUGAACAUUAUUUAAAAGAUUAUCUGAAUACACUGUAUAGCUGGUAUGGUUUUAAAUGUGACGGAGCUGCACCUAUGAUAGGAUUACGACCUCUUGGCCAAGAGGACCUGUUAACUGUAUUAUAGUGUAAGACUUCUUUAUGGAUGUUCAACAUUUUAAUGUCACUUUGGACGCAUUUCAGCGACAGCGGCUUCUAUUAAAAGUAAGUUGUUUAACCUAGGCACCUCCAGCAUUAAGGAGGAAUUUACCAUAUACAUAUUUCACUUGCAACAUCAUUGGUUUUGAAAACACUCUGAAAAUGUUGAAAGGAGAGUUGUGGACAUAAACUGCAUUCAUAUCCUCUGAAAUGUGUUGAGUGUAAUUAACACACCAAAUAAGUUCUAACUUCUGUGUUACUGAUUUCCCGCUUUGUGAGAAACUAAUUCAUAUUAAACGGCCAAUGCUGAUAUGAAUACAUAAUAAUUUAAUUCUAAUUAAGGGUGUAUUUUCAAUUAAAUUAAAGCAAAUGAUUCUGCUCUGAGCACAAGCUGUAGCCUUAGUGUUUCUUCCCAUUGAAUACAAGAAAUCAUGAACAUGUCAUUGAGAGAAACAAAGAAACACUAACGAGAAGAGGAGGGUAUGUAGCAUCAAGUAUGCAACUAAAAAGUGCAUUUAAUACUUUUUCUUUUAGGUCAGGGGCAUAGGGGCAUGCAUGCCAGCCAGCUCUUUUGUUAGUGCCAUUUGCUAAUCUAAGAAAGUCAUCUUUUUAUUUAUUUGCAAAUGUCAGAACCCUUUGUGUUAUAUUGAAAUACACUAUACAUACUGUAUGCCUUAGUUUUAAUGCACUAGUAAGAGGUUUUUGUGGAUUAGAUUUUAAGAUGUUCUGUAGUAGGGGCUAACUAAGUUUUAUUUUGUAUCAUAAUGUAUGUCAAAUGUUUACAUCCACCAAACCCCAGGUUAUUGUAUUUAUUAAAUUAUUUUACACGUUUUAUCUCACAUUCUUGUUGCGCAUUCUCGGUUUUAUUAUUAAAUUGUCGAUAUUCAUAAUCGUUUAUUGGU